AUGGUAAGCUUGGUUUUAUAUUUCUUGUUCAUCAUGCAUUUUGACUCCUCUGGUUCUGCAACCACCACAACAAACUUGUUGGGUACUUCUUUCUUGCUGACGAUGGUUGGAGGGUUCAUCUCUGAUACUUACAUGAAUCGCCUCAACACUUGCAUCCUCUUCGGCAUAAUUCAGUUGAUGGGAUACAUCUUGCUUGUGAUUCAAUCCCACGACGAGAAACUCCAGCCUGAACUAUGUGGGGAACCAAGAUGUGUGCAUGGGAAAAAAGCUUUGCUAUUUUGCGCUUCAAUAUACUUGAUAGCUCUUGGUGCUUGUGGAAUCAGAGGUUGUGUACGUACUCUAGGAGCUGAUCAAUUUGACAACAAGAAUCCAAAAGUGCUGGUGGUUGCAGUAAAGAAUUGGAGCUUGAAAGUACCCAAGAAUUCUGAGGAGUUGUAUGAAAUGCAAAGUCACGAGUCUACUUUGAAGAAAAAACUCAUCCGUCACACUAACCAAUUCAGGGUUCUAGACAGAGCUGCAGUUCUACCUGAAGGCACAGAAGCAAGGAAAUGGAAAGUCUGCACAGUGACACAGGUGGAAGAAGUGAAGAUUCUCACAAGGAUGAUGCCUAUACUUCUGAGUACCAUCAUCAUGAAUACAUGUUUGGCCCAAUUGCAAACCUUCUCCAUCCAACAAGGAACUGGCACUUUUAAUAUCCCCCCAUCUUCAAUUCCCGUGAUUCCGCUAGUAUUCAUGACCCUUUUAAUACCAGUUUACGAAUUUGCUUUUGUACCACUUGUCCGGAGGAUCACUGAUCACCCGAAUGGAAUAUCAGACCUUGAGAGAGUUGGGGUUGGCCUUGUCCUCUCUGCAAUCUCAAUGGUUAUAGAAGUGAAGAGGAAGCACGAAUUCAAUGAUCACAAUACGCCAAUUGUAUAA